CGCGCGCGAAAAGAACACGGCAAAGACAUAAUAAACGAAAAAUUGGCUGAGCAGGUUGAUCGCUGCGGAUAAAAACCUCAAAUUACGUGGAAAACUACGGCGGAAAGUCAGUGGAAGGUGGUAAAAGUGCGGGAAAACCAGUGGCAAGUGUGGAAAGUGUGGAAAAUCGUCGAGUCCCGGCAGUGAAAAGUGCAAGCGAAGCUGGGACUCAAAGGAGUCCCAAGCCGGGCCGCCGUCGUGGAUUUUUUUUCAGCUAGCCAAACCACGUAUACACAAAUAUGUAUGCAUAUGUGUGUAUGUAUGUGUACGUGCAUAGCCAGAAGAAGUGCGUUUUCUAAGGCUAGUUAACUUUUUUUGUUCUUUUUUUAAUGUGCAAGUGUAACAAAUGUCCAAUAAGAAGGCUUUUUCUUUAGCUUUUUUUCUUGUGUGUGUGUGUGUGUGUGUGUCUGUGUCUCCAUCAGCCAAUUCGCCGUUAGGAUCCGCAGCAAAUUCACCGUUAGGAUCGGCAGCAGCAGCAACGAAUGUAUGCGGAGAGAGACCUUACGUGUCCCCAAAGACGAUCGCGUGAAUGACUGACAGACCCAGACCCUUAUGCACUGCGACAAAAUGUCCGGAUAUAUCUGGACGAUGCUUCCGGUCACUAUACAUCCGGUUUCUUUUACGGCAACAACUAUUGGAUGGGUUCACUGGCCCUCUGCGAUGCGAUCGAUGAUGGCUCGACUCCUGCUCCCGGCAAGGACGGUAACAAUGCCUCCGAUGCCACGGCUCCCAGUGGCCUGCCCUUUGCCGCCGCUCAUACCCAGGCCUAUAGCAGUGUCUACAAUGCACCGCCACCCUUUGUCCCCGGAUUCUUUGUGAUCAAGAUGCAGCUGAAUGAGACGCUGCCCACCCAAGUGCUGCGCACCAUUUAUGUGGGCAUGUGCCUGCCCUCCAGCUGCUCCAUUGCGGACAUCGGCGAGAUGGGUGCCCGGGCCCAUGUGGAGCUGCCGUCGCGGGAUCUCCGUGUCCUGGACAUACGUGUGCCCACCGACAAGGAGUUUAACAUUUGGGCGGACAAGACCUUUUGCCUGUUGAUUGUUGUCUCUUGCAUUGUAAUGGCUUUGAUUUGCUGUGGAACCCUGUACGAGAUUUAUCUGCGCGGCAAGCUCAAGGAGGCACUGCGUCGCCAGGACAAGGAGAUGAUGAAUAAUAGCGAAACGAGCUCGGGGAUUGGAUGUGCCUCCUCCGACUACAGUGACACCAUGACCGCCCAUGAUGACCCGCUGAAGCAAUCGACCCGCAGUCAUGAUCAUGGCCAUGCCCAUUCCGAGUCGAGCAAUUCCCUGAAGCAACUGGACCAGCUGGUGCUCAAUCUACCGCCCAAUGACAAUGACAGUGGCAAUGGCCACCAUGUGGAUGAUCCCGAGCAUGAGCAUCACCAUGACCAUCAUCAUCAUCAUCAUCAUCAUCGCAGCGGCGGCGGCGGCGGUGGUGUCAGGGGCAACAACGAUACCAGCACCUCGGAUGAACAUCUGGAGGGACAUCUGCACGAGCCGGAGAAGCUGAGCAUCUACUCGGAACUCCUGCUCUCCUUCUCGGCCAUCACGAACUUUAAUGCCAUCUGCGAUAGGAAUGUGGGUGCCGAUACCAUACCCUGCAUCCAUGGACUCCGAGCAUUCAGCAUGGCCUGGGUGAUCCUGGGUCACACAUGCAUCGUGGUCUUCAAGUACUCGGAUAACAUGGAGAUGCGCAAGGAGGUGGAGCAGAAUUUCUUCUUCCAGGCCAUCACCAAUGGCCCGUUCAGUGUGGACACGUUCUUCUUCAUCAGCGGUUUCCUCAUCUCGUACAUUUACUUCCGGACGAAUGCCAAGGGAAAGCUGAAUAAGCUGAGCAAGGGAGCCAAUGAGUUUACCGCGGGAACAGCACACUUUCUGGGUCUGGUGGCCUAUAGAUUUAUGCGACUCACGGCUCCGUAUCUGUUUGUUCUGGGCGUGGUUCAGGUCACCAUGAAGUAUCUGGCCACAUAUUCGAUCUUUGAUCCACCGACUAUGGAUCAUAUCACCUGCCCGGACUAUUGGUGGCGGAAUAUUCUGUAUAUCAAUACGCUUUUCCCAGUGGAUGAGAUGUGCAUGCUCUGGAGCUGGUACCUGGCCAAUGAUACCCAAUUCUAUAUGAUUGGUGCCAUUAUCCUGAUUGUCGGCGUCCGUCAUUUCAAGCUAUCGGCCAUUACCACACUGGUGUUCCUGGUUCUGUCGUGGAUCACCACCGCUGUGAUUGCAUUCACCAAUAACCAUCGACCCAAUACGGAUGAUCCGCUGGCAUUGUUCGAUAAGAUCUAUGACAAGCCCUGGACACGACUUGGACCCUAUUUGAUUGGCAUGGCCGUCGGCUGGAUACUGUUCCGGACGAACUGCAAAAUCCGGUUGCCUAAGGUUACGGUGGCCAGUGCCUGGUUCCUGGCCAUGUUGAAUCUCUUUGUGCUGGUCUUUGGCCUGUAUCGGGCGGAUUUGUCACAAUUCACGGCCGCCGCCUACAGCUCGCUCAGCCACUCGGCCUGGGCCCUGUCGCUGGCCUGGAUCACCAUCGCCUGCUCCACGGGCUAUGGCGGCUAUAUCAACUCGCUGCUCUCGGCGCCCUGCCUGUAUCCCUUCUCCCGCGUCACCUACUGUGCUUACCUGGUGCAUCCCAUUGUCAUCCGUUCCAUGGCAUUGAAUUCGGAUGCACCGCUGCAUCUGGGCGGUGAUCUAAUGGUUGUCAUGUUCUUCGGUCUAACGGUGGCGUCCUACUUCCUGUCCUUUGUGGUGUCCAUGUCCUUCGAGGCGCCCGUCGUCACAAUGCUGAAGAUCCUGUCGCCGAGUCGAAAGAAACGCCUCGCCUAAGGGGCCAACCACGCCCAGCUCCGCCCAUUUCCGAUUAUUUAUACCCCCCCCCAUUUAUGUCAUGUUAUCUAUUUCUUGUCCACAUAUUUAUGUUGCAUAGACCCAUCCCGUCGUCUUCUCGUAUAUCCCUCUCCACUCUACAAUCUCUCCAGCGCACACUAUCUCCCUCCACGCGAGAUAAUUACUUUUGGAUCAUCUUGUUUGUUUCAUUAUGUGUACAUUUUAGUCCUUUAAUUUAUUCCAAAGGUUUGGAAAACGGAGGAACGACGAAGGAGGAAGAGAGCCAGAGUUAUACAUAGUACUUAAUAGCUAUAAUUAUAUAUGAAACUCUAGUACCUAAUUUUAUGAAGAAUCACGUUGUAUAUACUAUAUGCUAUAUAUAUUGUUAUACAUACAAAUUUUAAAUAAAA